AUAAUUCGUGUCUCGGAUCGGUGCCAUUGUGUGUAGAAGGAAAACUUUGUACCUUGUCGGAAAAGGUGAAAAUUGUGCAAUUUGUUUUGCUUGCCGUGGUUCGUAAGUGCGAAAAAUUGUGACUUUGUAAUGUAAACUAUCCGAGGGAUGUUUUUGCGAGUAGUGAAACGUUCGUGAAUUGUACAAAAACUGGUUCGGAAAAAUCGGAUCGGUCGGUCGUCAAUCAUCAGCAGUAACCAGAAUUAGUGUCAGCUUUUGGAUAAAGAGCAGAUGGAAACGAAGGGUGCGCUGGAGAUUCCUUCCGAGCGCAAGUAAACGGGUAAAAGCCCGAGAGAAAAAAGAACACGACUGUGUGCGUUUUGGUCAAUCCAGAAGAAUAGAGAGAGAGAGUGCGUACUUCAUCGAAACUUUUUACUAUUUGGACUUGCGAGCGUGGAAUAUCUCACAGUGCAGGCUGUCUCGUUUUUUGCUAUCCGGUGCAUGUAUACUGGAAUGCCCCAUUUAAACGAAGGUGAAAGUGAGACAGAUCUGGCAACACAACGAACCGAAUCUAGUCAACUUUGUGUUCAGAGUGACAUUCGGAAACAGAAAGCAGCCCCGUAAAAGCAAUAGUACUGGAGAGUGAGCAAGCAAGUCACCGCCAGGUCUCACCCAAUGGGGUGGAAGAGCAGAGAACGAGCACUGGCUGAUGGUGAAAAGUUGAAAAAUGGCCGCACCGAAUUCAACGUCGACUCGCCGCACUGUUUCUGCUGAUGGACUACAACCACAGAAUGGUGGCCGUCGUCUUUGUUCGAUCGUAGCGCAUUCGAGUGCGUAGUGAAUGAAAAGUGCUGUAAUUUGAAAACACCCAAAAAAAGUGUCCGCCUCGAAGCAAGUGUUGAAAAUCACACACAAGAAAGGUCCGUGUGUUUGGUGGAGAAAAAUAUUUUCGAUAAAAGAAAUAGUAAAUGUCUGUUCUUAAAUUUAUUGUCUAGCGUUUUCCUAUGCUAGUAUUAAUAAUUGUACCAGCCAAUCGGCUUACGGUUAAAUUUCGGUACAAUGUCCAUCCGGGUGGACAUUUCGGUUCCGGAUGAGCUGUCAGUGGUAUUAGGGGAAACCUCUUGCUCCGGGGAGUUGUGAAUGUGCCAGAGAAGCACUGAUCCCUGUAUUAUUGUGUGUGAGAGAAGAGCAAGGAAGCAGCUGGAAAAUCGAUUUCCAGUACCAGUGCACAUAAACAGGACUGUCUGUCAAAGUCGAGAAAAAUAGGAGUGAGAAAAGCAUAGUUUUUUUUUCGGAUACGCAAGAAUAUCAACAGUGAAAAAAAGCAACAUACACAAGAAAAAUGCCGAGUGCUUCGUUCUCCUCGUCCCGAUCAUACGUGCGACGAUCCCGAAGGAAGGGAAAUCGGAUUCCACUGCCCUCCAGAACAUCAGCACUCUGCGAGCCACCAUGCCAGAACAUUCCUGCACCGAACGUGGGUGCUGCUCCGACUGGACAGCAGAACAACGGUCCAGCACUGCCGGCGGCCCCCGGUUCAGGAUCAUCUGCCAAUUCUGCCUCUUCCAGCUCAUCUAGUAACAGUAACAGUAGCAACUCCACCACCGGCAGUAAUGUAAAUAAUCUGAACAAUCCGAACGGACCGAGCAGCACAAGUACCACCAGCACAGCGUCCCCGUCUUCUUUGUCUGGGUCCUCGUCGUCGACGUCGUCGUCGUCCCAGGGACCCUCCACUUCAUCGUCAUCGUCGUCGUCGUCGUCGUCAUCGUCGUCGGCGGCGGCUGCCAGCGGUGGUGGAGCGUCAGUGUCAUCGUUAUCGUCGUCCACGUCAUCCUCAACACCACCGUCGAUUCCCUCGAAUGCCAUCUCCUCGGUCGCUUUGUCCGAGGUUAAACAGAACUCAAACUCGCCGUACGAUUUAAGAAAAAAGUCCCCACUGGCUGCGCAUGAUUCGGGCAGCUGGCUGGCCGGAUCCAGCAGCUCCGGUGGCUCCAGUGGAACCGGUCCUUCAUCAUCCGGGGGGACCACUAGCUCUAGUACUAGCAGUAGUUGUCACAGUCUCCUACAAUCGCAUCAGUAUCAAUCACUGGCAUACGAUGGAAAUGCCGCCUACAUGCUUCCCGCACGGAAGCGACCCAGACGUACUUAUUCUACCAGCACAGAAGCGUCGUCUUCGUCGAUUGGUUCGGCAUCGACUGCAUGUGCUGGAAUGACAGGUGCUGCUGCUGCUGCUGUUGCUGCUGCGGCCGGUGGCAAUCCUGUAAUCACUUCCGCCAGUGCCGUGGCAUCGACUCUCUGCAUGCAAUCAGCUGCCCAUUAUUUGCAGUACGAAAUGCCGGACGAAGUUCUGCUGACCAUCUUUUCCUAUUUACUAGAGCAGGAUCUGUGCCGGGUUUCACUCGUUUGCAAGCGCUUCCAGACGAUCGCCAACGACACGGAACUGUGGAAACGCCUAUACCAGAAUGUGUACGAGUAUGAUAUGCCACUGUUCAACCCCGAACCGUGCAAGUUUAUCUUUGUCAAAUCGGAAGAUUCAGACUAUGCCAACCCGUGGAAGGAAAGCUUCCGGCAACUGUAUCGGGGAAUUCACGUGCGACCAGGUUACCAAGAUCGGCGUCAGCAGUGUCGAAGCAUAGCCUAUUUCAACACAGUCCAAGCGGCACUGGAUCACGCCGACGAGAAGAACUCGGUCAACAACAGUCCCGCUGGUGUGGGAGGUGGAAGCAAUAGUAGUAGUAGUAGCAGUAACAGUAAUAGUAAUGCCAACAAUAGUAGUACUAGUAACAAUUCCGUUGCCGGUGCUGCGGGUGGCGGCGUCGCGGUAGAUGGCGACGAAAACUACCCACCGGAAAACAAUGGUUCGUUGAUUUUCCUACACCACGGCACGUACCGGGGUGAAUUUUUGGUGAUCGAUUCGGACGUGGCGUUGAUCGGAGCCGCUUCCGGGAACGUAGCCGAAUCGAUCAUUCUCGAGCGGGAAUCGGAAUCGACGGUGAUGUUUGUCGAGGGUGCCAAGCACGCGUACGUAGGGCAUAUGACGUUGAAGUUUUCGCCGGAUGUAACGUCGACGGUGCCCCACCAUAAGCACUACUGCCUGGAGGUCAGCGAGAAUUGCAGUCCGACCAUUGAUCACUGCAUCAUCCGGAGUACAUCCGUGGUGGGUGCGGCUGUGUGCGUUAGCGGUGUCGGUGCCAAUCCGCUGAUAAAGUACUGUGACAUCAGCGAUUGCGAGAACGUCGGUCUGUACGUGACCGAUUAUGCCCAGGGCACGUACGAGCAUAACGAGAUCAGCCGGAACGCGCUGGCCGGUAUCUGGGUGAAAAACUAUGCUAGUCCAAUCAUGCGCGAAAAUCACAUUCACCACGGCCGGGACGUGGGAAUUUUCACCUUCGACAAUGGAAUGGGGUACUUUGAAAAGAACGACAUUCACAACAAUCGGAUAGCGGGUUUCGAGGUGAAGGCUGGUGCCAAUCCGACGGUGGUCAAGUGCGAGAUUCACCACGGUCAAACCGGCGGUAUUUACGUGCAUGAGAACGGGUUGGGGCAGUUUAUAGAGAAUAAAAUUCAUUCCAAUAAUUUUGCGGGUGUUUGGAUUACUUCCAACAGUAAUCCGACGAUACGGAAAAAUGAAAUCUACAACGGCCAUCAGGGUGGAGUUUACAUUUUUGGCGAAGGUCGAGGGCUGAUCGAGCACAACAACAUCUACGGGAACGCACUGGCCGGUAUCCAGAUCCGUACUACGAGCGAUCCGAUCGUUCGUCACAACAAAAUACACCACGGUCAGCACGGUGGAAUCUACGUGCACGAGAAGGGCCAGGGACUGAUCGAGGAGAAUGAGGUGUACGCGAAUACGCUGGCGGGGGUGUGGAUUACGACCGGUAGCACACCGGUCCUGAGGCGGAAUCGGAUUCACUCGGGCAAACAGGUUGGGGUGUACUUCUACGAUAAUGGCCAUGGCAAGCUGGAGGAUAAUGACAUAUUCAAUCAUUUGUACUCCGGAGUGCAAAUUCGGACGGGAAGUAAUCCGGUUAUACGAGGAAAUAAAAUUUGGGGCGGCCAGAAUGGCGGUGUGUUGGUGUACAACGGAGGGCUGGGUUUGCUGGAGCAGAACGAAAUAUUCGACAAUGCGAUGGCCGGUGUGUGGAUCAAGACUGAUUCGAAUCCCACGUUGAAGCGAAACAAGAUCUACGAUGGACGGGAUGGUGGCAUUUGUAUAUUCAACGGUGGCAAAGGGGUGCUCGAGGAAAAUGACAUAUUUCGAAACACCCAGGCCGGCGUACUGAUUUCCACACAGAGCCACCCCAUUCUGAAGCGUAAUCGGAUAUUUGACGGCCUGGCAGCCGGUGUGGAAAUCACCAACAACGCGACGGCCACACUGGAGUUCAACCAAAUUUUCAACAACAAAUUUGGAGGACUGUGUCUGGCCAGCGGUGUUCAGCCGAUCACGCGGGGCAAUAAAAUUUUCAACAACCAGGACGAGGUGGAGAAAGCCGUGUCCGGGGGACAAUGCCUGUACAAGAUUAGCUCGUACACGUCGUUUCCGAUGCAUGAUUUCUACCGGUGCCACACAUGCAACACGACUGACCGGAACGCGAUCUGUGUGAACUGUAUCAAGACGUGUCAUUCGGGUCAUGAUGUCGAGUUCAUUCGGCAUGAUAGAUUCUUCUGUGAUUGUGGUGCUGGAACCCUCACCAACCAGUGCCAGCUACAGGGUGAGCCGACCCAGGACACCGACACGCUGUACGACUCCGCAGCGCCAAUGGAAUCGCAUACGCUGAUGGUAAACUAGGGACUUGUUAUAUUCAUAAUCCUAAGCUAAAACAAAAAAAAAUCUGCAAACCGUGAAAGUGAGCAGCUCCAAAUCGAAGUCUUACCUGUGGCUCUGCACAGAUUGUACGUGGUAACGUGUUUGUAAAUGGCGCCGACGGGUUUUAUCUCUGUUGUAAGGAAACAAGUGACAAAAAAACCGAAAAAGGCUCUCCUCCCCAUCACCCCCUGCCAUGUUUGGUCUGAGAGGAACGAAUUUUUCAACAGUUGAGUUGUGUGAGGAACAAACGAAGGAACAUUGACUAGAGGAAUUAUGAGGUAGUGUAAUGAUGAUCGUACUCGUUCGGCUGAAAUAUCUCUUUCGUUUCGAUAAUAGUUAUUAACUAAUCCAACAACAACCAAAAAACAAAACAAAAAAAAAAGAAAAUGUACACUAUAUGCUACUUAUUGCCAACCGCUCGCCGCUGGAAAUACUCCUUGUUCGCAGCAAAUGUUUUGCUUAGAAACCAGCUCGUGACCUGGCAGCCAAGCCAAGCCAAACCAAUUCGAGCCACUCUCGAGAGAGAGAUGCUUUGGCUGGUCCGGUUCCAAUACACCGUGCGCGCACAAUGAUAUAGAAUCUCAUCUUGUUUUUACCCUAGUUAAAAUAUGGCAUAGGAAAAACGAAAACGAAAACCAAUCAAGUUUGAACCUAACAAGCAUCAUUUUGAAAAAAGACUUAGGCAUUUCUGCUUUGGCGUGUAAAAGUAACGAUUGUUUUUUUGUAAAGAAAUUUUGCGGUUUUUUGUUUUUGGAUGGAUCUGUGUGGUGGUGCACCUGAUAUGAAUUCUACGUUCUCUGUAUUUUCCUGUAAACAAACGAAACACAGAUUAGCAAAAUUGAUUGAUUGAUUGAUUGAAACACUGUAAGUAUUAUGCUCUGUCUUUUUGGGGCGGGCGGCUUCCGACAGACACCGGUUCCGCCCGCUGUAUGUAUUCUGUAUUUAGUAAACAUUAUUUCCUGUUGUUUCUGAAGCAAAAAAAAAGUAUCAAAACUACUGUGUAUAUAAAGUGUAAAUGUAAGAGUCGCGUGCGACGAAGUAAAUCCGAUAUUAUCUGAACUGUACUAGAAAUGUGUAUUUAUGUUUUUUUCCUUCUAAUUUAGUUAGAUAUUUUUGUGCUGCUGCCCGGUUUAUGCUGAUUAAUCAGGUCUCCUAAGUUCAGGCCGAGUUUCAAACAUUUGCAGGAAGCAAGCAGUGCAUUUUCCUGUUAGGUAGUUUUAAUUCAUUAUUUUUACCGUCCCCUAAAGGGCAGCUUUUCACGCGGAUUUUUCGUGGGGCUUUUUUUUCUGAAAACAGAACUAUUUUAACUGUAGGAACAGAACAACCGAUUAGGUGACUUCGAUCGAGGGAUUCGAUUGUUCGAAUUGUUCAUUUCAAGUUAAUAGCUAAUCAAAAUAGAACCGCACUCCCCGACGAUCUGUACCUGAUCCAGAAAUUCUACGUAAUUUAGGUUUUAUUUUCAACAUCGUAAUUGAAUCACCCCCGCCACUUGCUUAGUUAUACUGCUAAAAUAGUUCCGCCUUGAUCCUGACAACCUACAAACAUUAAUUCCAGAAAUGUGUAGCAAAUCGUCAUACUUUGUGCACGUCUUCAAUAUGAUUCCAAUCCAUUUAUUUUUCACGAAAAAAAUUAAAAUUUGAAACAAAUUGAGACGCUUUUUUAUAUGAUUUUUUCGCUUCAGUUUUUAUUCGACUUUUUUUCUCAAUGUAAAUAUUUUUUGAAUGUUCAAUCGAUUCCUUAGAAGUUCUUCUUCGCCACCAAUAACAGUUCGAAUCAAAUCGAUCUCUUCAUCCGUGGACAAACAAAUGGUUCGGCAUACUGGAGAUGUGUGUAAAGUUUCAUCCUCAACGAAACAAGUCAAUCCUAUUAUUGGCACCUUAUCAGCUGUUAAUUUUUGGAAUUGUUCAAUUGAAAAAAAAAAUUAAAAUCCGACCACACAUGAGACUGAAUGAUGAACUUGACGAACGACAAUCGACCGAACAUUUAGCGAAAAUCACCGAUCAGACAAAAUGCUCUCUAUCGCUCUGUUCCGGCCGAAACAAUGCCAUCGAAUCAUAAAACCCACACCUAUCCGUUGUUGUUUUUUUUUUCUUCUUUUUUUAUUUGCACCCGGUACCGGACGUCGUCGCGCAUCCUAGUACAAAGUGGAUAGAAAGUACAACAGUUCUUUUAUUUUUCAUACAUUAAAUUUCACGAGCUUCCCUCUCGUUCCGAUUCACGUUGCUCUGCCGUUUGCAAAAGCGGCGGCAUGCGGAACGGUUCGAGACAACUGUGUCCCAGUGCAUUUAUCUGUGUUACAGGCUAGGUUUUUUUUUCACAGCAGGAACAAACCGAUUCUACUAACUUCUUAAUUCUUUUCUGUGAACUAGUUUUACUUAUAGUAAUGAGAGAUGAAUGUGUUCUACUUGUCUGUUAGUUUAUUUCUUUUAUAACUUUAAAUUUCGAAAUAUAUUACUUUACAUAGCUACGUGUUCGAUUUUGUAAUAUUAUUAGUUUUUAUGGCCCGCGUACAUAUAGAGAGCAAGUAUGUAAACUUAUAUGUGAAAUUUUAACUGUAUUAAUUUUUUGUAUGUUUAUAAAAUUUAUACCUAGAUUGCAAUUGUACUGAGUAACCUAGCGUUUAAGUGUAAGGGAAUUCUAGCAAACCGCAACGAAACAGGAGAGUUUAACUGUAAAUUAUUGUAUGUAUGUAUUCACCAACACAAUGCACUUUUUGCGCUAAAAGCAAGCUUUUUAUAUACAUUUUAUAAUUUGUUUUCUUUUAAUUUAUUUGAUCGUAAGGUUACGAUGUAAGUAGAAAGAAACAUUCCUUUUUUUUUUCCUUGUUUUGUGGUCCUCUUAUUUCAUCUAUCACAUUGUGUUCUUUCGUUUUUGUUACCUAAAUUUGGGUUAUUCGUUAUGUGUGUGUGUGUGUGUGUAAACCCGAAACUCAUGUGCUAACGAGAUGUAAAUUUUACACACAGACAGUAUAUGUUGUGUUAGAGUUUCUUCUCCCAUUUGGUACCAAGAGAACGUUCCACUUGAGCCAAUUUGUUCUGAUCCUUUCCAUUUGAUACAGCGAUGUAUUCAACAAUUUGGAUCCCUAGCACUUUGUAUUUAUGGAAAUAGCCUAAAUUCACCCCCCACGAAUCCUCCGUGGUCCGCGUGGCCAGUGUCAUACGAAAUAUUAUCGAUAUCAAGGUAAUAAAAAGUUAGAUUCAUAAAUUCACAUCUAGCAAAAAAGUAAAGCGUCUAAAGUUUUGUUUCAAAUAUCGCAUUGUCCACAAAAAGAUUUUUAUAUUGUUGCAUUCGGUCUGUGCUUUUUUCAAUACCACAAGAAAUGUCUCGUGCAUGCGUUCUCUUAUAAAGGGUGAUUUUUAAGGGGUAUAGGAUUUGAUUUUGAAAAAAAAUGAGAAAAUGAAAUUGAUGAAAUUUUUAUUAGAAGGGAUAGAACGAUCAAUAUAGUUUAUUGUUUGAAGAUGCUUUCAUGCAAAUGUUGGUCGCGGCUCCGCGCCUAUGCGCAAGCUACAAUUCUGGCACACUCUAUCCAACAUAUCGGCCGUAUCUCACGAAUAAUGCCACCGGCCCAUAAUCCAUACCAAACAGUCACUUUCUUUGGAAUGUAUUGCUAGCUCUUACAAUGCCUCUGGCUGGUCUUCACUACAGAUGCAGAAAUUUAGCUUGUUUGCGUAUCCAUUCAACCAGAAAUGAGCUUCGUCGCUGAACACAAUUUUUCGAUAAAAAAGUGGAUCUUCCUUCAACUUUGCCAGUGCCCAUUCAUUAUUAAAUUAUAGACCAAACGACGAUUCAUGAUUAAAUUCUGGACCAAUGACACGAGACACGAUUCAUGUGUGAUCUGUCAAAAACAGUGUUGCCAAAAAGAUACUAGCAAAAAAUCACCCUUUCCUCAUACGAGUUCAGCAGAUAUAAAAAAAAUUCAAGAAUGACUCAUGUCAGAAGAGUGGACUUUCGGACAAAUUUGCCGCCAUGCCAUGGCAGUGUAUGUUGUGUUAGAUCUUUUACCAUUUGAUAGCCAGCUAUUUGAUUCGGAACACUUUUGACAUUCAUGAAAAUUAGUCCGUUUUAUGGUGUUGACUUCCGAAUCUCGCAUGGAACAAACUUGCUGGACAGCAUAUCGCAGAGAACCAUUUCAUUGAAGGCCGUUUCGUGGAAGAAGUCGAAUCGAUUGAGUUCAAUACUUCGGUCCUUUUUAGAACCACCAAACCCAAUUAAAUUCUGGGUGAAAAUUCUUACAGAUCUAAAAUUCAUAUACUGAAUUUUGUUUCAGAAUUCUGAAGUUGAAACUCAAAUCAGAAUUCUGGAUUCGAAUUCCGAACAAAUAUUAAGGAAGUAAAUUGAGUUCCAAUAUUUAGUUAAAAAUCAUUUUCAGAUUCCAGAAUUAGGAUUCAUUGCCAGAACCCAGAAUUUCGAAUUUUGUUUUCAGAAUGCGAUAACCCUUAGCACCAGUCAUGCAAAGGUUCGCUAUCAAUCAACUGCGAAGUUUGUCGAAACAGAAGGUUAAAUUCUUCAAAGGAAAUGUAAUAUUAAGGCUUGGCUUAAAUUGAUACCAAAUAAUUGGCCCUUAUUACCGUUCUCACUUCCACUUUCACAUUCACUUCACUUGAUUAUCCCUAUUACCAGUAUAACGCAUAGUGAAGUGAUCAUUGUAGUGGAAAAACACAUUUUUUCAACGAAAUGUUGGGGGCGUGAUGUUCAUAAUGACAUCAAGUUCAUCCAAAUAAUUACUUUUGCCUUUGAAGCGACUUCCGUACUGAGGACCUAAAUUCACUUCACUCGAUUUUCACCGUGACGUGAUGCCAAUAAUAAGGGUCACAAUCACUUCACUUGGUUUUCACCGUGUAGUGAUACCGGUAAUAAGGACCAUUGUUUACGAUCUUUUCUUGCUUUAAAAUGAACCAAUCUACAACAAUAAGAUCAAUACAGAUGUUGUUCGUUGUGGUUUUGCUUUCCUCCACUCCGCCUUGUUGGAUGUAAAUGUGUAAUGACGCAAAUAUUUAAAGAGAACCCUCUCGCACAGCUAGCUCUGUGGUGUGGCAAUGAAAACAGCAAGACGGACAAGUGUUUAUUUUAAGCGAUUUUCUGCAACGGAGUAAAAUGCUCAACAUUGUUUAACUUGAAAUUCGGGUCUUUUUGAUGAAAUUCGGGUCUUCGAUGAAAUUCGGGAUCCACAGUAAGACAGUGGCAUAACCUACCCUUCAUUUUCUCUGCAGAAAGCGUGAAAUUUUUUGAUUGAUUUUAUUUGAGUAGCUCUCAAUUCUCGGAACGAAAAUGCCGGGAAAAUUAGUUGUUUCAUUAGUGACAAAUUGUGAAAACUCAGGCAAAUGUUUGAUAUACGAUAUCGCAGCCGCUUUUUCGGUUUUUAUUUAAGGUACAAGAAAAGUAAUCCUAGACAGUUGUAAUGCCUGUGCAGUGGACAACACUUCCAGCGUCAGGUUGGCGGUGACACUCGCAGCCUGGAGAACCGUAAUAAUACCUUCGAUUAUUAUUUCUAGCAACGGUAAAUGAAUGAAGCUGUGGACAGUAAAACUAGUGAUGGGGAAAAAUGUUUCAAAUUAAUGUUCUAUCGUUUUACGUAAUCCAUUAAAAUAAUACCGUGUGAAAAUCGUGAUCAAAAAUUUGGUUUACAAUCUCAAUGACAGCACCAUGUUUGCAGGCUUGCUUUGAUCUUGGAUCGUUUGAGCGUUGUGCCGCCCGGUGGCAAAGCUAUGUUGCUAUAGAAGAUUCAAUUUUGGCUAACAUCUUAGGGUACUUAGUGUUAAAUCAGUAUUGACAUUUUCUUUAUCGUUACGGGAAAGAUGCUAGCCGUUCGUCCGAUAAUUGAUACUGUUAAAAUGGAGUCGGUAGUCAGACGCAUGAGUCGGACGGUGGCACAUCGUUGGUUUGUAUUUUUGUUUCAUUUCACCUUUAAUUUUUGUAUUUUUGCUGUUAUAUUCUGUUGUUAUAGAAAAUAGUUACCAUCGUGCUUGUUAUUGUAUACUUUCGCCGAAGAAAACAAUCAAAGGGAACAGUAAAACCAAACUAUAAUUCCACCUCCGAUUGUAAAUACCGUUUAAUCAUCUCUUAAAAAGUGAGCAAAAUCAGAUUUGAAGAUUUUUGGAACUGCACUAGAAAAAAAAGAAAACAAAUCGCAAAAUUCAAUACUCCGAAAAAUGUUAUCAGUCGCUACAGCUGGACCGAUAAAAACGGCACAGAUCCAAUCAUUCUACUAAAAUACUACUACUACAACUACUACUACUAUUGCUAGCAUUGUAAAUGUGUACGUGUUUAACAGAAAAAGAAAGCAAAGCAAAUUCAUCUUUGAAAAAGAAGAGCAAAAAUAUCGAAAAAAAAUAAAUUUAGCGUGAUUUGGUAGUUUGAUUGAAAUGAAAACGGUACUUCCUAUAUGCAAAUUUUAACGGAAUGAAAUGAAGUUUGAGAAAUUAAGGUAAACGUAUAAGGAAUUCCAAAACAGCACCUAUUCUACUGUUAAGAACAUUGCUGAAUACAUUUAAUGGAAGCCGGCGAUCAUCUCCAAUUGAAAUCCUAUACCAAAAAAAUGGAAA